GUAGUCAUUGCAAAAUACCUGCAAAACGUAUUCAUUGUCAGUCUAUUCUCAAUGCAAUCUGAGCAAGUAUAAUUUCUGGGCUCCAGGCACUCGCCCCUGUUUUAGCUCCUCCCGUCUAUGACAUCAUUGUCCUAUCCUUUUCGUUAUCCUUGUUUUAUAAGGAAGUAAUCACCAGCACGCUGCUUCCACAGUAGUAUUUGAGAGCUGUUGACAGAGUUGAGGACAGAUUGUGAUAUACAUUGUCUUGAUUAUUUGCUCGGUAACGUAUAAGCAUUACUAUACUGUAGUUGUUUAAAAAACAGAACGUUUCUAAAGAAGAAACACGAAAGCAAAAUAUUUUUAAAUUAACAAACUGACUCUGAGUGUGGAUACAAACAAAGCGACACACUGCCAGGUACACAGAUAAAAGUGUAGCCAGUGAAAGUGUGGAUAAUGGAAUGUGUUGACUUUAAAAAAGAGGUCCCUGAAAUUGGCUUCAUCCACAUUAAACAAGAGGUCCCUGAAAUUGGCUUCAUCCACAUUAAACAAGAGGUUCCUGACUUGGACUAUUCCCACAUUAAACAGGAGGACCAGGACCAGGAAUAUUCUCAAAUGAAACAGGAGGUUCCUGACUGGGAAUAUUCCCACAUUAAACAGGAGGACCAGGACCUGGAAUGUUCCCACAUUAAACAGGAGGACCAGGACCUGGAAUGUUCCCACAUUAAACAGGAGGACCAGGACCUGGAAUGUUCCCACAUUAAACAGGAGGACCAGGACCUGGAAUAUUCCCACAUUAAACAGGAGGACCAGGACCUGGAAUAUUCCCACAUUAAUCAGGAGGACCAGGACCUGGAAUGUUCCCACAUUAAACAGGAGGACCAGGACCUGGAAUGUUCCAACAUUAAACAGGAGGGCCAGGACCUGAAAUUUUCCCACAUUAAACAGGAGGACCAGGACCUGGAAUGUUCCCACAUUAAACAGGAGGACCAGGACCAGGACCUGGAAUAUUCCCACAUUAAACAGGAGGAACAGGACCUGGAAUGUUCCCACAUAAAACAGGAGGACCAGGACCUGGGAUAUUCUCAAAUGAAACAGGAGGUUCAUGACCCGGAGUCUGCCCACAUUAAACAGGAGGUCCAUGAAUUUAAUCCUGAUCAGAUUAAAGAGGAAAUCCCUGCAACUGAAUCUUCUCCCAUUAAUGAAGAGAUUCCUGAAGACAUUAAUGAAAUAUCAUAUCCCUGCAAAGUUUGUGGCAAGGAUUUUAAUCAUGCAGGGACCCUUAAAAAUCACCAGCGAGUUCACUCCCAAGAGAGACCAUUUUGCUGCACUGAAUGUGGAAGGAUUUACAAAAGUUUGGGUUCUCUGAGAAAACACCAGCGGAUUCACACUGAAGAAACAAGAGAAACACCCUCUUUUUACUGCGAAAUAUGUGAGAAGAGGUUUAAAUGGGCAGACUGCCAAACAAAACACAUGCGAAUUCACACAGGAGAGAUGCCCUAUUGCUGCACAGAAUGUGGGAGGCGUUUCAGAAGAAUUGACUUUUUGACCAAACACAUGCGAAUUCACACAGGCGAGGCCCCCUAUUUGUGCACUGAAUGUGGGAACAGGUUCAAAAGCAAAAGCUCCCUAACCAUACACAGGCGAAUUCACACAGGAGAAACUCCCUAUCCCUGUACUGAAUGUGGGAAGAGAUUCAAAAGGUUGGACUGUAUGAAAAAACACAGGAGAAUCCACUCGAGGGACUCCCUAUGACGGUGUUGCAUUGGGACCAUUUCAGAAACAGCAGCGAGGUAAUAGGUUUGGAGGAGAACUCGUAUCCCUGCACUGAGCUUCAAAAAGGAGGGACAUUCUGGAAGAACACCAGAAAACUCAUACAGGACAGACUGCACAUGAAUGUACUGUGUGUGGAAAAAGAUUCACUCAUUUAGGAAGUCCUAAAUCCCACCAGAAAAUCCAUACAAAAGUGCCCCCUUACAGCUGCACUGUAUGUUUGAAGAGUUUAAAAAACAAUACACUUCUGAAGCAACACCAGCAUAUUUACACUGAAAACACCCUCCAUUGAUGCUCUGUAUGUGGAGAGAAUAGACAACACCUCAAUUUAACAACUGAAAUUUAAAGUCAUUCUAAUCCUAAUAAUUUUCUGUCAAUUUAGAAGAAAAAAAAAAAAAAAAAAAAACUACUGCUUUUGAAUUUUUUUUUUUUUUUUUGUUUAUUCACUUUGUGCCCGCAGGUCCAGCACAGGUACAACAACAGAAUGAAUGAAUGAUUGGGCAAAUCACGUAGAUGAAAACUAUGCAUUGUUGUUAAAUAGAUGCAUUUGCUAUAAGGAAAGUAAUUCCCAGAGCCCUGCUGUUUUAAUGUAGGUUUAACAAUACUUGUAUUUUCCAUGUGUUGUACACUUCCAGAAUACUACAUGAACUUACAUGGAGUGCUGUGUUUAUUUCACUUAUUUCACUCGCUGUCUUUUCGGGGUUCGUCACUUGUUGCAACUUUCUCAGUCAUAGAACAACUAAACCACCAUUAAUAUUCAUGCAGCAUCCUCUCUAUAAAUAAAUAUUCUUUAAUGUUUCACAUUUUUCUGUUUUUGGAGAUUAUGUACCUGGAAUAGCCACUGACUCUAUUAAGAAAUACAAAAGUGAUGAAUGGAGUUGCUUUAAACUGUUUUCAUAAAGUGUUUUAUGUAUUUGGCACACACACAUUAUAUAUUAUAUAUUCAUUAUAGUAGAUCUGUUUAUUUCUGGUUCGUGAAUACUUUUCCUUUUUGAAGAUACAGUGCCUUGCGAAAGUAUUCG